AUGAACUCAGCAAAAAAAUUUGUCAGCAAACUUAGGAUUGCAUCUCCAAGGAGGCAAUUUGCGUCCGGUACAGCCAAAGAAGCAGAAAAGGACUUUAUUCCGAAAACGUACCGACAGCAAAGUUUCUUUGCAGCCGCCAACAAGGCAGCACUAAAUCCAAAUGAUCCAAGGACUUUUCCACGUCUGGUGGUCGGACUGUCAGCUGCAGCACUCUUCAUUCUCAUGACGGCGAACGGAAUUUGGUUCAGAAAGGAGCACUUGAGUAGCGACCAUAAGAACGAGAUAAUUCGAACGCAAGAGCCCGAACGUGCAAUCCAUUUGGCGCGCUCUGGAACCAAGGGCCCAAAGGUUAUGCAUUCGGAAAAGUACGAUAAGAUCAACCAAGAAGGCCUAGGCAUCGAUCAUGAGAAAUGGAAGAAAGAAAAAGAGGCUUACCGUGCUGCUGACGGCGUGUCGAAACCCAGCAACUAA